CACUGUACAGCAAGAGCAAGAGCAAGAGUAAACACGCUGCUUGUUUGUGCUGACUCCUGCUGCUGGUGGUGCUGGUGCCGCCAUCACAGUCAGCACUCCACACUGCAGCCUCCGCCCAGUGCUGACCCCAAGACUCCGUGCCCGGGCCGAGCCCCGCCGGUGCUGUGCAGAAGUGAGGGUCUGAGGCGGUGCUGUGCAGAAGUGAGGGUCUGAGGCGGUGCUGUGCAGAAGUGAGGGUCUGAGGCGGUGCUGUGCAGAAGUGAGGGUCUGAGGCGGUGCUGUGCUCAGCGCUCCCUGUGUCCUGGCUGCCGCUGGCUUUUGUUCCAGUGGAGGCUGCCAGGCCGGGCAACAGCCGGAGUGCCCGAGGCCAGCAGGAGCAGACUGUCUCUGCUGUGAGGGUCAGGGGUGACCAGGAGAGCCACCACCACCACCUUGCUGCUGGCACCUCCAGCCAUAAAGGAAAGGGAAAGUUUGAGUGCAGGAAGCCUUGAGACAGAACAGGUCCACCAGACAGCCUUGCACACACUGCUGAAGGAAACCAUGAGUGCCAAGAGUGUGGGAAAAGACUCCCUGGGAAGGGUGACCUCACCAAGUACACCCACACACUCUAGAGGAAGACCUCAUGAAUGCCGUGACUGUGGCAAAAAAUUCAGUAGAAAGAGUAACCUCAACACACACAACCUUACACACACUGGUGAAAAACCUCAUGAAUGCCAAGAGUGUGGCAAAAAGUUUAACCGGAAGAGUGCCUUCAACAGACACACCCUUACACACACUGGUGAAAGACCUCAUGAAUGCCAAGAGUGUGGCAAAAAGUUCAGUGAUAAGAGUGCCCUCAACAGACACACCCUUUCACACACUGGUGAAAGACCUCAUGAAUGCCAAGAGUGUGGCAAAAAGUUUAACCGGAAGAGUGCCCUCAACAGACACACCCUUUCACACACUGGUGAAAGACCUCAUGAAUGCCAAGAGUGUGGCAAAAAGUUUAACCGGAAGAGUGCCCUCAACACACACACCCUUUCACACACUGGUGAAAGACCUCAUGAAUGCCAAGAGUGUGGCAAAAAGUUCGGCCAGAAGAGGAACCUCAACAAACACAUCCUUACACACACUGGUGAAAGACCUCAUGAAUGCCAAGAGUGUGGCAAAAAGUUUAACCGGAAGAGUGCCCUCAACAGACACACCCUUUCACACACUGCUGAAAGACCUCAUGAAUGCCGUGACUGUGGCAAAAAGUUCGGCCAGAAGAGGAACCUCAACAAACACAUCCUUACACACACUGGUGAAAGACCUCAUGAAUGCCAAGAGUGUGGCAAAAAGUUUAACCGGAAGAGUGCCCUCAACAAACACACCCUUACACACACUGCUGAAAGACCUCAUGAAUGCCGUGACUGUGGCAAAAAGUUCGGCCGGAAGAGGAACCUCAACAAACACAUCCUUACACACACUGGUGAAAGACCUCAUGAAUGCCGUGACUGUGGCAAAAAGUUCAGCCAGAAGAGUGCCCUCAACGCACACACCCUUACACACACUGGUGAAAGACCUCAUGAAUGCCAAGAAUGUGGCAAAAAGUUUGGCCUUAAGGCCUGUGUGCUGAGGCCAAGGUCAGCAGCACUGCCGGGACUCCUCGCCGCUUCCCUCAGCACUGCAGCUCACCCUGCCUUGGGGGCUCCUGCAGGAGUGGGCCACACCUCCUGA